GAGCCGUGCUGUCUUUCUCCGCAGAGUGGAGACUCGGUCCGGCCAGAGAAGGCUCAACACAAGAGAGGACUGGAGGGUCAAAAAUCUAAAUAAAAGUACACACCGCAAUGGGGGAAGAGCUGAACCGCAGAGAGAAGAGGACGGUCGCUUGAUUUGCCCCCGUGUUUCUGAACGCUAUGCGGGAGAAACAGACGACAGUUUAGGUCGCAACGGUCCGCGGCAGUGAUUCCACAUCAGAAACGUUAACGAGCAACGGUCGGAAGUACCUGAAUACCUGCAGUGUGUUUCGCACCAACGUUAGCCUCGGCUCGGUGACAUUGAGAGGCAGAGAGUGGGGUUAGAGAGUCUACAAGACGGGACAGGAGAAAGUUUCUCAGGCUUGGCGCAGACACAGCGGUUAAACAAUGCGGCUGACCCCGACAAAGUCCCUUUCAUCGGCAGCGCUGCUGAUCCUGCUGGUUGUCCGCUGGUCCGACAGCAUUUCCUUGUCUCCCCAAGAGGCGAACCAGUUUCUGAGCAGACACAGGAGAGCAAAUCAAGUUUUCGAGGAGACGAAGCAAGGACACUUGGAGAGGGAGUGUGUGGAGGAAAAGUGCAGCAAAGAGGAGGCCAGAGAAGUGUUUGAAAACGACCCUGAGACGGACUACUUCUAUCCCAAGUAUUUAGCCUGUAUGGAGAAGUUUGGAGAUGCCGAAAAGAAGAAACAGGAUCUGAUUACAUGUGUUCACAAUAUUCCAAACCAGUGCUCUCCUUCUCCCUGUAAUGCCGGAGGUACAGUGCGCUGCGAGGACAAAAAGGGCGACUUCCUCUGUCACUGUUUCACAGGCUGGGCAGGAGCCAGAUGUGAGAAAGAUGUCGACGAGUGCAGCAAGAGAAACGGAGGGUGUGACCAUGAGUGCAACAACACUAUGGGCAGUUACCGCUGCUCCUGUCACCAGGGCUACAUGUUGGUAGGACGCCACAUGUGUGACGAUGUGGAUGAGUGUGAGGAUCCAGGUGUGUGUGGAACAGCCCGGUGUGAGAACAAUGAGGGCAGCUACGAUUGCUUGUGCGAUGUCGGCUACGUGUACGACAAUGAAUCCAAGAGCUGUGUUGAUGUGGAUGAGUGUGAGGCAGGUGUGUGUGCCGAGGAGUGCCUGAACACUCCAGGGAGUUUCCGUUGCUUCUGUGAUGGUCGUCAGGGCAUGAAGCUGGGCCAGGACCUCAGGAGCUGUAAGCCUAUAACUCCCUGUAUGUCGCCGUCUCUGAAGAGGAACUCUCGCUCCUUGUACUUGGGCCGUAUGUUCAGUGGCGUACCAGUGGUGAGGCUCCGCUUCCGCCGGAGGAUUCAAACUGGCUUUUCUGCAGAGUUUGACUUCCGCACCUACGACCCUGAGGGGGUGAUCUUCUUUGCCGGAGGUCACUUAAACAGCUCCUGGAUUGUGCUUGCAAUGCAUCAUGGGAGGCUGGAGCUGCAGCUGAAGUACGGCACAGUCAGCAGGGUCACCAGCAGCGGACCCAUGGUCAAUGACGGCCAGUGGAGAAAGAUCUCGGUGGAGGAGCAGGGGCGGAGCCUAGUGAUUAAGAUCGACAGGGAGGCCGUCAUGAAGAUCGCAGUAAACGGUGAUCUGUUCACGCUAAAGAAGGGCAUGCACGAGCUCAACCUCACCGUAGGGGGAGUCCCUUUCAGAGAGGACGGCCUCGUCAAUCAGGUGAACCCACGCCUGGACGGCUGUAUGAGGGACUGGAGGUGGUUGACGGGAGAAGAUACGUCAAUACAAGAAACCAUCCGCUCCAAUGACAACAUGCAGUGUUUCAGCACCGAGGAUCCUGGAGCGUACUACCCCGGCGCAGGCUUCGCUCUCUUCAACAUCAGCUAUGAAUCACAGAACCUAAGCGUGCAGCUGACCCUGCGUCCUACUUCUGCAAUCGGAGUGUUGUUUGCACUUGUUUACCAGGACAGAGUCCCUCUCUCCAUCUCUCUGGCCGACUAUCAUCCCGGCACUGAUGAAUGGAGAGAUUUUGUUUUGGUAUCUGUAGGUGAUGUCAUCAUUGCCAGCUCUCCUGCCCCCCUGUGUGACGGUGAGAGUCAUGUAAUCCAGGUGACGAUCUCAGGCAACCAGACCGUGCUGCUGGUCGACGGCCAGCCUGGACGCAGUGAAGACAGCGACAUUCCUACUGACAUCCUGUCACAGUCCACCACCUUUAUAGGAGGCAUCCCUGAUGUUCCUCUGCCGUCCACGCUGGUGUCGGCGCCCUACAGCGGCUGUAUGGAGGUCAGUGUUAAUGGACAGCCUUUGGACUUGGACCAGGCCAUCCACAAACACAACGACAUCCGCUCACACUCCUGCCCCCUGCUGGACUUCCACCAGUGACCAGCGCAACUGAUCCAUAAGUAGUUUAUUGAGGCAAUGGGGAUUAUUUCCAAUAUAUUUAUAUAUAUAUAUUAUAUAAUAUAUUUUUAGAUUGGAAUGUAAAACAAAAAAUAAAAAAGCUGGACCAGGUGUCGUGGUUCAGCUUGAGCCUUAGCCCAGGAUCCCCCUGUCCUUUUACUGUGAUGACACUGCUGCCUAGAGGCAUUUGUGGGGAUUUUCACAGUAUUCUCAGUAUAAUGACUCUGUAAGGCAGUUAGUCAACCAAUGAGCAAUGUCCCCUGUACUAGGCAGAAGAUAAUGGGAAUAAAUGCUGCACAACAUUGCCUCAAAAACUGCCCAUGUAUCACAGCCUUGUAAGCCCACAAGAACACACAGGGCCUUAUGUAGAUCAGUGUCCAGUGGCUGGUCUCGGGUCAGCCUACGACGCCUGGCACCCUGAGCUUAAAUGCAGAUCUGACCGGAACUUUGUAGGCAGAGUGACUAUUUGCUGCGGUCACGUUGCUUACAUCCAGUCCACGUAAAGGCCCACGCUCACAAAGCUUGAAAUAAUCGAGUGCUCAUGUAGAAUCUGAUGAAAUGAAAAAAAACGGGGACCAGAUAAAUCGUCCUUCAUCAGCUACCCUACUCAGAGAAAAUGUGUGAAUAGGUGCUCAGAUCCUCAUGAGUGUUUGGUGCGUAAUGACUUUAGGGGUUGAUUGGGGACUAAAUCAGUCUUAUUAGCUCCCGACAAGCUGAAUCCCCUCCGUCACCACAGCAGGGGUGGCGUGGAAUUAUUAGGCACAACUUUGUGUUCUGUAGAAAACCUUGCACAUGGUUGCAGGUAGCAAUGGACUGCGUGCGUGUGUGUUUGAAGCCAUUUAUUCUUGAUUUCCUCUCGACUAAAGCAGCACUCCAUGUCUGCCUGCAACCUUAAAAAUCAACCAUGUGCCUACAAAGAUCAACCAAUCCAAACUUCACAACAGUUUCCCUCCAAACAGAUGAAUCAUUUCACAAAGGUGCAGUACUGUAACACACAACCAGAGCUAAUGCUUCUCUUAAUGAAAUGUACUCAUUGCAGUUAACACACUAUGCAUUUCCACCUGUGCAUUUUGGAGCUCUUUUACAGAGCAGACUGACACCCUGAUUCUCAAUAAUCUUCAAUCACUAACUUCGUCACAAAGGCCCCUUCUUUCCCUCAGAAUCACCCACUCACAUUUAAUACCUGCCAAAUACUGAUCUGAGGAGGAUAGUUUAGUCUCAGAAGCACAGGGAGACGGGAAGGGGCCCUCUCCAUAAAGGAGAGCGCGAGCACUGCAUCUACGCACCACAAAAGCUACUGAGAGUAAAAAGAGUGCGCUGUAAUAUACUGAAUAUGUAAAUAAUGUGACUGUACAAUGCUUUAUAGAAGACAGAAAAAACACUACCUUAUGCUCACUGAGGAUUUCUGCACAUUUAAGUUGAUCCAAAGUCAAACAGUAAUCCGAGUCUCUCAACUUUAUCUGCUUCCUAAAAAAACAUUUGAGCAACAAAUACACAAUUAUUUUCUUUAAAUGGGAAUUGGGAGACUGCGAGAGCAAUAGCCAGGGAUCAAAGUAUCUCAGAUCUUUAAGAACUCUGAUUUUUAAUUUGAUUUUAUAGGUGCUGAGCAAAUCAAAACACAAUAGAAACAAAGAAUGUCAGGAGCAUUGUGACUGAGAAUGCCAAAAGGGCUCCAGUGUUAUUUUACUUCCCUCUGUAAUGUAUCAUUUUCUAGUUUUCUGAUGAAUGAAUGCCAGAAUAUAGAGCUUGACGAGUUAUUGUUUUUUUUUUUAUUAUUAUUAUUAUUA